UAGACACUUUUCUGCUGCUGCUGUUGGGAAUGGAGGUUGAUGACAACAUGUACUCAAAUGUCUCCCCACCAUCAAAACCGCAGUCGCGAGAUAAGAGUCCAGGAGGCAGUAAGAGAGAUGGUAGUCGUUUGGUGAUCGCUAUUUCUGUUCUUCUCUUCCUCUCUCUGCUGACCAAUGCGGUCCUGACGUAUUUGUAUUGUAAAAUCAAACUGGCACCCUGCAGUUCACCCCUGCAGAUGAAGAAGUGCUCAAGUGAAAAACUGAUAGAGGAGGAACAAGUUCAGGUCAAAGACAGACUCUACGUUUUCUCCCUAAACAAAAUGUCCUGGAACUCCAGUAGAGAGCGCUGUAAAGAACUGGGCGGAGACCUGGUCAUCGUCAACAGUAAAGAAGAACAUGAGUUUCUUGCUAGAAUGGCGGCCGCUGAUCUCCACUGGAUUGGUCUGACAGAUGCUGAAGAUGAGGGGGUGUGGCUCUGGGUGGAUCACACACCCCUAAUGAAGAAUCUGUCGUGGUGGGCAUAUCCUCCAGAUGACUGGAAAGCACAUAAUCCACUGGGAGAGGACUGUGCGGUUUACUAUACUGGGAAAUGGGCAGAUGUGUCUUGUUCAUCACUGGAGAAGAGGAUCUGCGAGAUCCCUUGCCCCCAUGAUUCCUACUAAGACCAUCGAAAAUGCUUUGUUUCCACUGAUGUUUUUAAACCAGGCUAAUUAUGACUCAAACCAAGCUUCAGUUUGCUUUCAGAAGCUGUCAGAAGCCUAGCUGUCCAUUAGAAUGUAUUUAAAAACAGGACUGAAUGGCAUUACAUUACAUUUUGGGUGGGAUAUAUGAGCACAACUAGAGCACUGUUAAAAUUUCAAGCCAAUGAAAGCUCUGGCAAAGCUUGUAUAUAUAUAUUAUCUAGUUCAUAUUAGUUAAUACAUUACAUUGGAAUUAACUAAUAUGAACUAGAUAAUUUCAUUGGCUUGAAAUUUUAACAGUGCUCUAGUUGUGCUCAUA